GGAACAACCAUAAUUAUUAAUUUUAUAAAUGUUAAAAUAAAAUUUCGUCAUCAUAGCCAUUGUGUGUAAAGACAAGACCAUAUAAAGCAACGGUGUCAGUCUACUCAAUGUAGUCGAGAAAAAUGUCGCUAAGCGUCACCACGUCACCAUGUUGGGCACAAUUGGUCAGUACCAAUGGUAUCACCCUCAGCUCCAUAGCAGCAGUAUUCCAAUGUUUUGUUACUGCUAAUUUGUUUUUAUUAGAUGACAACUCGGUGCCAGACGUUUCAACUAAAUAUGAUAAAUUUGACUUCAUAAUAAUUGGUGCGGGAUCUGCCGGGAGUGCAGUUGCAAAUAGACUAAGUGAAGUAGAGGAUUGGAAAAUCUUGCUUCUGGAGGCUGGAGGAGACCCGCCAUUCACAUCUGAUAUUCCUGGACUGCAAACCACUAUGUAUGGAACUGAGAAUGAUUGGCAAUAUAAAACAGUAAAUAAUGGUAUUACAAGUCAAGGCCUCAAAGACGGUUCUGUGGGAUGGACGAAAGGAAAGAUGCUUGGAGGCAGUAGUAGCAUAAAUGCUUUAGCAUAUGUACCAGGCAACACCCAAGACUACCAAAACUGGUAUGACGCAGGAAACGAAGAAUGGAGUGUAGAAGACGUCCAAAGAUGUUUUAAGAAAUUUGAGAGUCUUCAAAAUGAGAAAAUGUUACAAGAUCCAAAUAUCAAAGAUGUCUACGGUCAUAAUGGUCCUUUAAUAAUUAAUAGGUACAAUCAUACUCUCCGCACUUACACAGAUCUUGUCAUUGAAUCAUGGGAUAAAAUUGGAUUCAAGAGAGUCUCUGAUUUAAAAGCAGCGAACUUUUUAGGCUCGGGCAUAAUAACGGCCACAGCAACCAAUGGAGUCAGACAAAGCACUAAUAAGGCAUAUUUACAGCCAAUCAAAAGCAGAUCAAAUUUAGUCAUAAUGAAAGAUACAUUAGUAACCAAAAUUUUGAUAAACGACACCUUAUCGGCGUAUGGUGUUGAAGUCGAGAAAAACGGAAGAAAAAAGGUUUAUUACGCAUCUAAAGAAAUAAUUUUAAGUGCUGGUUCUGUCAGUUCUCCACAGCUGUUAAUGCUGUCUGGUGUGGGUCCUAAAGAACAUCUUGAAUCAUAUAAUAUAGAAACUUUAGUUGAUUCUCCGAUGGUUGGACAAAAUCUGCAAGAUCAUGCUUUAUUGCCGAUAACAAUUUAUGCCAAUGCACCCGGAGAAAAAACAUUACUCAACAUGAUGAGCGAUAUCACUAAAUAUGUUGCGAUCCGUGAAGGCGUUUUUGCACAAAGCAGCGUUAUAUCUGAUGUCGCUGCAUUUUAUUCUACUGUCGACGAUGCUACCUACCCUAACAUUGAAACUCGUGCUUCAAUCAUACACAAAAACAGUAAAACACUUGAAUACUAUUUACAAACAAAAUUCCGCUACAAUGAUACUGUAUUAGCCUCAAUCGUAGAUUUGAAUAAAGAUUACGCGCUUUAUUUAUUCGAAACUAUUCUCUUGCAUCCUUAUUCCAAAGGGUACAUUUCAUUGCAAUCCAACGAUCCUAAAGACGCACCUCUAAUUUAUGCCAAUUAUUUCGACGAUAGUAGAGAUUUGGAUGUUGCAGUAGCUGGUAUUAAAAUGGCAACUAAAAUUUUGGACACUCCAUAUUUCAAGAUGAUCAAAGCCUUUUUGGGAAGGAUGGACGUGCCAGAAUGCAAUGAGUAUGAAUUAGACAGUGAAGAUUACUGGAGGUGUAUUUGCAUAAACUUAGUUACGUCAAUCUUCCAUCCCAUGGGGUCCUGUAAAAUGGGAUCUGAUAUAAGUACGUCGGUAGUGAACAGCAGGCUACAAGUCCACGGUGUGAACAACCUGCGUGUGAUCGAUGCUGGAGUAUUCCCUUCGACCAUAAGUGGUAACAUCGAUGCAGCUUGCAUUAUGGUGGGCGAAAGGGGAUCAGAACUAAUCAAAGAAGAUUACAAUAAAUAAUAAAUAUUAUCACAAUAAAUGUUUUUCUGACUUUUA